AUGCAAAUAGGGAAUGCAUUAUUGGAUGACGAAACAGAUCAAAAGGGCAUGAUUGAUUACGCAUGGGACCAUGCUGUGAUAUCAGAUCGUGUGUAUGCGGAUGUAAAAAGCAAAUGCGACUUCAGUGAUCCAAAUACGUCCAAUGACUGUGGUGUUGCCCUCAAUGAGUUCUUUGUUGCUUACAAUGACAUAGACAUGUACAGCUUGUAUACUCCACUUUGUGUUGAUAGUACCUCUAGCACCACUAGAAAAACUCCCAUGAUCCAAGGCAUUGAUCCUCAAUUAUUUUCCAAAAUUAUGACUUUGAUGCGUGGACUUCCAGAGAUAUUUUGGUGUAUAGGGAAAAAAUUGUACUUUUGUAUAGAAGUAAUAUAAUACUUUUGUAAAUGUCGUUUCACAUGGUAUAGUAAAUAUAAUUUUUGUAUAUGGAGGGCUUUACUUUUUGUAUGAUUCUAUAUUUU